CCAUGCAGCCACUAGACGCUCUUCACCACUGGCGAGUCUCUCCCCCAUCUUGCAUGUGAAACAUUUACCGCCGGACAGAGCCUUUCGGGCGGCUGUGGACACUGCAGGGAAAAACACGGAAUGGAUUGCUAAAACUCGGUUUCUCCUGUCUUUUCCCGCGUGUCAUCAUCCUCAAUGUCUCUCAACAGUUUUUAACUAAACAAAAUGAGGAUUACUUACCAACAGCUUCUCUUGCUAUUUUCUGGCUUUUGGGGACUGGCAAUGGGUGCUUUUCCAAGCAGUGUUCAAAUUGGCGGACUGUUCAUCAGAAACACAGAUCAGGAAUACACUGCGUUUCGUUUAGCAAUCUUUCUGCACAACACCAGUCCCAAUGCCACGGAAGCGCCUUUCAAUCUGGUCCCUCACGUGGACAACAUCGAAACAGCCAACAGCUUCGCUGUGACCAACGCCUUCUGCUCACAGUAUUCCCGCGGGGUCUUCGCCAUCUUCGGCCUGUACGACAAGCGGUCGGUGCACACCCUCACCUCCUUCUGCAGUGCGCUGCACAUCUCGCUCAUCACGCCCAGCUUCCCCACGGAGGGCGAGAGCCAGUUCGUCCUGCAGCUGCGGCCCUCCAUCCGGGGCGCCCUGCUCAGCCUGCUCGACCACUACGACUGGAACCGCUUCGUCUUCCUCUACGACACAGACCGAGGAUAUGCUAUUCUCCAGGCCAUCAUGGAGCGGGCGGGGCAGAAUGGCUGGCAGGUCAGUGCCAUAUGUGUGGAGAACUUCAACGAUGCCAGCUACCGGCGCCUCCUGGAGGACCUCGACCGGCGUCAGGAGAAGAAGUUUGUCAUCGACCUGGAGCCCGAGAGGCUUCAGAACAUUCUGGAACAGAUUGUCAGUGUUGGGAAACAUGUCAAAGGAUACCACUACAUCAUGGCAAACUUGGGGUUUAAGGACAUCUCCCUCGAGCGGUUUAUGCACGGCGGGGCCAACGUGACGGGUUUCCAGCUGGUGGACUUCGGCACGCCGAUGGUCAUCAAGCUCAUGCAGCGCUGGAACAAGCUGGACCAGAGGGAGUACCCGGGUUCUGAGAGCCCGCCCAAGUACACGUCCGCACUGACAUACGAUGGAGUGCUGGUGAUGGCAGAGGCCUUCCGGAACCUUCGGAGGCAGAAGAUUGACAUUUCUCGCAGGGGGAAUGCAGGGGACUGCCUGGCCAAUCCGGCCGCUCCCUGGAACCAGGGGAUUGACAUGGAGCGUACCCUUAAGCAGGUGCGAAUCCAAGGCCUAACAGGAAAUGUCCAAUUUGACCAUUACGGGCGCAGAGUGAAUUACACCAUGGACGUGUUUGAGCUAAAAAGCAACGGACCGCGGAAGAUUGGUUACUGGAAUGAUAUUGACAAGCUGGUUCUGGUCCAAAACGAAAUACUGCUUCCCAAUGAGACUUCGGCCUUGGAGAAUCGAACAGUCGUCGUGACAACGAUAAUGCCUCUCAUGAAGAACCCCUUAUUAAGACAUUGAACAGGAGGACAGAUUUGCAGCCAUGCCCGAAGGCUGUAAACCUUCUUACACACCAGGUUUUAUGGGGACUGGCACCAGUCCACACUGUACCGGACUGUACUGGACUGUGCGUCUUCGGGCAGACAAAGGAACGCGGCCAAACUGCUCUGCAUGUGUGCGGUGAUGUCAUCACUCUUACAGCCACAACCCUUUGGACAAUUUGUUGCACAGAAAUAAAUCCCAGAAUCCUUUGUUUUUGUAUGUUUUAUUUGUUCCCACCAAGUUCAUGUUUUCUUAUCUUUCAAAAUGCCUCCAUUGACAGAAUGAGUGUGAAAUACUCAAAGGUGCAUCAUGGCUGUCAGUGUUCUGGAAAUGUCACAAUGGCCUCAGUGAUUCAUAAAAUGGCCUUCUCUUCUCUGAAUGAUAUGUCCUUCAAAAGUCAGCUAUUGUGUAGAGUUUUUUCAAGAUUCUUAAAUGCAACUGCUCAUCCCAUUUAGGAUGCCAUUUGUAUGGGUGUGUAUCUGCAGCAAUGUUCCAUUCUCUUGCAAUAUGGAGGCAAUUUGUUUAUGAUUUCAAAAAAAAUGUGCUGAUUUGUUUUGUCUAUUGGCUUGAAUAAUGUGGCAUUAUUAUGAACCUGUGCAGUACAUGAUAAGAUAAGCCAAUGGAGACUUACAUUGGCUCCUCCCAAUUAGCAGAUUAUUCUGUAUUUGUUUUUGUUGUGUGUAUUUCUGUGCUUUUUUUGUGGUGCUGUUUAAAACACUACCCAAAGAUGGGUGCGACAGUCUUUAAAGUGUUCAUUUGCACUUCAAUAGGUAUGAAAGCUGCUAUUUUGAAAGCCAUUUUUCAAAAGUAUAUGAGCAGGACUGCACUCCUGUUCUCUCUUCCUGUUGUGUUUUGUUUUCUGCUUUUUGCUUGCGAAGGUAAAACUCAAAAGCGUGCGUCAGAUAUCGUAUCGCCAAUGUCGGGUCAGUAAAUACUGCUUCAUCCAAAUGUGGCAAAACACAUUUCAUCAAGGGUACUGAGGUGAUGGAUUCAAAAUAGCUUUUCGUUCAUGCUCUUAAAAAAAGGUAGGAUGUCACUGAGUCUGUCAAAAAAUAAAGCCUGUUUUCUGUGCCCUGUAAACCCGCUUUCUCCUUUGUUCAUUCUAAAUCUGAUCUGGUGUGAUGGAUUCAGCUGGACAUAGAGAAAUUGCUACAGAUGCAGAGUGCUGUUCAGCUGUGCUCCAGUCAGUCUUAGUGGAGUGUGUGGGAGCCAAUCACCUCCCUGUCUCAAAGUAUCACUGUAAAGGCUGUAGAAUGAGAUGGGAACUAUGGGGGCUUGCUGUUCUGGCGCACGCACCCACGACCAGACAAAAUUCAUCAUUAUUCCAUCUGUGAAUGCUUGCACGCAGUAUGCUUAUGCAUGGUAAUUGCAAAAAUGACUUGCCGGCACCAGACAGGAAAUUAAAGUUUGGUCAAGUGCAAGUUCAAAAGUACUUGUUUGUUGAGGAUAAUACACAAUGAAAAUUAAAGACAUAUUUUAUAUAUUUUUUGGUCGAUACCAGCUAAUUUCAAAUUGAUUUGUUGUGUGUUGUUUAUACUCCAUAACUCUCCAAGCCACACCAUGGGCUGUGUUGCAUGAACACGCAAGAUUUUGAGAUCUCUGUGACUGGAGUUGACGAGUUUGUGGUGUGCUGAUUAAUUAGGCAUCCACCCCAGGCCCUUUGUGAAAAAUAGUGGUGGGACCGUUCCUGUUGCAGCAUCCCAGGUCAGCUUAUUCAUCUGUGUGUCUGCCUGUAAGGUUAUUGGGUGGGUAUACCUGAUACCAGAUGUUGAACAUUACUUCCACCAUAGACUGGUAACAAAAGAAAAAAGAAAAACAAGUCAUUGACAAUUCAAAUGAAAACACAAUUGAUAUUUAAAAAUUAAUUAAACAUUUUUAUUUUUGGUGAGAAUGACCUUCCAUGUGCUCGCUGGUUAAUAUGGUGCGCGAUGGCACGUGUACACCGAUCAGCCACAACAUUAAAGCCACCUACCUAAUAUUGUGUAGGUCCCCCUCGUGCCGCGAAAACAGCUUGAGGGGGAUCUACACAAUAUUAGGCAGGUGGUUUUAAUGUUGCGGUCGAUCGUGUGCAGUAUGUGCGUUUGGUUGGAGGUUAAAUGCAUUUCAGAUGCAGAUGCAGCAGUUAGUGUUUUGUUGUGUGGACAUUUAAAAUCUGUUGUUUAAUUGGUGUAAUUAGUGUGAAAAAUUGCCACAAGCAAUGUGUGAUCUCCUUAUGACAAUCAUUAAAGCAAAGCCGGAAGAGUGUUCUUAUUCUGUGUGGAGGUGCAAUAGAAUAUUUAUGAUGGAAUAUUACAUGGAAAAUGCCAUUUCCUCGCUACCAGAUGAUCCCAAACCCCCUUUGCACCCCUUGGCCACUCCAGCUCAAGAGAAUUAGUGUGUCAUUGGGAAUGUGGUUUGGGAAAACCAAACAGCUCGUUAAACUGUUAAGCUUGCAAAGGCAAGUUUAAUCACUGCCAGUGGUACAAUAACUUACUGUGGGCAUAACAGCUUAAUCUGGAGUUUGCUUUUAGUUUCUGCUGUUCAAUUAUAUUGAGGAAAAGGAAGCUGCCCUCUUCUGUCAUUGCUCAUGGACUGAUCAGAAUUGCUCCUUGAUUGCCUGCACAGUCACACAUAUUUACUGCACAUGUUUAACUGCGCAUUUUCUGAUGCGUUUUUAAUUAUUAAAAUGAUAAAUUAUAUAAAUAUAUAAAAAUAUAGAAAUUAUGCUCUUCUGCAUAUCUGGCUAUGGCACACUGGCAGAUUCUGUUUUGGAGCCUUAAUGCUGAAUGCAUUUUGCCAUUUAUUUAAUGCACAUCUAUGGAUCCAGUGAUGUUUGACAGCUGAAUGUAUCUGAGUUUUGAACACAAAAUGUGAAUCAUUGGUGGACUGCACCCUCUGCAUGAAACAAUAUAUUGUGUCACUUAUAUCAGUGCUUUUUCACUGCCUGUUUUAUGUGUAAUCAACGGCAGCUAUUUAUUUGAACAAAGACUUCUUUUUUUGUUUUUCCUAUUAUGCUCUUGUAAACUGCAGAAUGCUCGAUGUUACUCCUUUUAGGAGGUGUGUGGUUCCAAUGCGGUUUAACAGCUAUUGGUUAUUUUGGGCCUUUAUAGACAGCCCAUUCUAGACUGUGCAGAAUUCUUUUGUUAUUCACACAAAAACUGUUUGCAGCAAAAAUUUCUGGAACGGAAGUCAGGGCCUGAGUUGAAUAUUAUCUGUUUGCUCAGGGUUAACUAGAGAAUGGCAGGGUAAAUACAAUCAUGCAUUUGACACACACUUGCACACGUGCACACACACACACACACACACACACACACACACACGCACAUAUCUGAAGGAAUAAAAGCAAACUGGUUGAAGUCUUGCCACAUCUCAAUGCAAUUCUGUGUACUUGCUAUGGUUAUCCUUGGGUUUUUUUAUGUGAGAAAGGAUGACAAUAACAAAGGUCAUAGGGAGAAAUUAAGGUGUUGUAUAAUAAAAUGUAUUGGUUAGUUCCAUUGUAAUGCAUAUUGUCUAUUAUGCAUGCCAUACAUUGUUAUUUUUGAAUACAGUACAUGCUACAAUAAAUGCAGAAAAUAAAAAAGUGAAAGAGGUCAU